AUGCAGUCAUGGAGACGGAAGUCCCUCUGGCUCGCACUGUUGGCCUCCUGGCUCCUCGUCCUGCUGGGACUCUUCCCCCUUCUCCGCCUGGCAGUGCCCACCAGACCCCGGGCAGGAACCCCCCAAGGCUGGCCCCGCUGGCUGGACGCAGAGCUCCUGCAGAGUUUCGCCAAGCCUGGGGAGCUCCUGGAAGAUGGCCCUCAACCUCCUCAAGCCCUCCGUGGUGACAGCUGCAACUGGGGAGCUUGCUUUGACACCUCGAAAUGCAGAGGUGGUGGUCUCAAGGUAUUCGUGUACCCAGCGGCUGGACCCGUCUCUGAGACUCACCGCAGGAUCCUGGCUUCCAUCGAGGGCUCCCGCUACCACACGCUCAGCGCUGCCGAGGCCUGCCUCCUCCUUCUCCUCAGCCCGGACACCCCCACUGGAGAGUGUGACCCGGUGCCCCCGCAGUGGGAUGGGGGCAGGAACCAUCUGGUCCUCAGUCUCCAUCCAGCCCCUUGUUCCCGGACCUUCCAGCUGGGACAGGCGAUGGUGGCCGAGGCCAGUCCCACAGUGGACACCUUCCGGCCCGGCUUUGACGUGGCCCUCCCACUUCUCCCUGAAGCCCACCCGUUGCGAGGUGGGGCACCUGGCCAGCUGCAGCAACACAGUCCUCGACCCGGGGUGGCCCUGCUAGCCCUGGCAGAGGACAGGGGCAGGUGGCACGUGGCAGGCACCGACUUCUCUGCCUGCCCCUGGGAUGGGCACUGUGAGCAGGACCGUGGACCCAAGCAGACCCACCCUGGGGCAACGCUACCCAAUGCCACCUUCUGCCUCAUCCCUGGCCGCAGUCCUGGUGUCUUGCACUUCCUUCAAGCCCUGCAGGCUGGCUGCAUCCCUGUGCUUCUCAGCCCUCGCUGGGAGCUGCCCUUCUCUGAGGUCAUCGACUGGACCAAGGCGGCCAUUGUAGCUGACGAGAGGCUCCCACUUCAGGUCCUGACUGCCCUCCAGGAGAUGCCCCUCACACGGGUCCUUGCCCUGCGUCAGCAGACCCAGUUUCUCUGGGAUGCCUACUUCUCCUCAGUGGAGAAGGUCAUCCAUACCGCUCUGGAGAUUAUUCAGGACCGGAUCUUUGGAGCCUCUGCUCACCCCUCGCUACUGUGGAACAGCCCCCCAGGGGCAAUCCUGGCCCUGCCCACUUUCUCCCCAAGCCCCUCGGACUUCCCCUUCUACCACCUACAACAGGGCUCUCGUCCUCUGGGCAGGUUCAGCGCCCUGAUUUGGGGGGGGGCUCCAGGCCAGCCCCCCCUGAAGCUCAUCCAGGCUGUGGCAGGCUCCCAGCACUGUGCCCAGAUCUUGGUUCUCUGGAGCAGUAAGAAGCCACCCCCAACCAGGUGGCCCAAGACAGCAGUGCCCUUGACAGUCAUUGAUGGGCACAGGAAGGUCAGUGACCGCUUCUUCCCGUACAGUGCCAUCAGCACCGAUGCCAUCCUCAGCCUGGAUGCCCAUAGCAGUCUUUCCACAAGUGAGGUGGACUUCGCUUUUGUGGUGUGGCAGAGCUUCCCGGAGCGGAUGGUCGGCUUUCUGACGUGGAGCCACUUCUGGGAUGAAGCCCGGGGUGGCUGGGGCUACACUGCCAAAAGGACCAACGAAUUCUCCAUGGUUCUCACCUCGGCUGCCUUCUACCAUAGGUAUUACCACACCCUCUUCACCCACUCCCUGCCCAAGGCUCUGAGGACCCUGGCAGAUGAGGCACCCACCUGUGUGGAUGUCCUGAUGAACUUCCUAGUAGCAUCUGUCACCAAGUUGCCCCCUAUCAAGGUGCCCUAUGGGAUGUGGCAUCAGGAGGCCAGGCCUCCUCCACUGGAGCCUGGGGGUCCGGGGCUCAGGCAGGAGCCGCAGCCCGCAGCCCAGAACUGCAUCAACCAGAUGGCGGCAGGGUUCGGCCACAUGCCCCUGAUAUCUUCUCGCCUCCGUCUGGACCCAGUGCUCUUCAAGGACCCGGUGUCCGUGCUGCGUAAGAAGUAUCGCAGCCUGGAGAAGCCCUAG